AUGAUUCAAAAAUCAGAUCUAUUUUACCAAAUUCCUACUCAUAAGUUAACUUUUAAUAAUUUUAGUCAUUAUAGAUGCAUAGCUGAUAUACUUAAUUUAGUAGUUUCUGCUGGUUUAAAUUUUUUAGAAGAUUCAAUUAAAAGAUUAAGAAAAUUAAUUAAAACUAUUCGUAAAUUAUCUAAAAUUCUUGAAGAUUUUCAACAACUUGCAACUUUAGAUAAUAAAUCUUUUUUAGUUCCAAUUUUGGAUUGUAAAACAAGAUGGAAUUCAAUAUAUCAGAUGAUUAAAAGAGCAUGUCUACUUUAUAAAUCUAUAAAUAUGUUAUUAGUUAAACAUUCAAGUUUGAAAACUUAUAUUCCAAAUAAAGAAGAUUGGCAGAUUUAUAAAGAUUUAGUUAUAUUAUUAGAACAAUUUAAUGAAGCUACUAUUGAACUUUCAUCACAAACCUAUUCAACAAUUGCACAUGCACAAAUAAUUUUAUUAGCUCUUAGAAAUAAUUUAAAAUCUGAUAGGGGUGAAGAUUUUCUGUUAGAAGAAGUUGUUAAUACAAUAUUAUCUAAAUAUAUUGAAUAUUUUAAUUUAAUUACUGAAUUUUUACAUAUUUCUGCUUUUUUAGAUCCUAGAUAUAAAAAGCUUUUAUCUAAAAAAGUUUCAAGCUUUUAUCAAAAAUUAAAACAUACAUCACAACAAGCACAAAUAAUGAAUGAUAAAGCUCACAAAUAUUGGUUAUUUGCAGAAGCAGAUAAAACUAUAAAGCUUUUAGAUUGGUGA